AUGGCACGAUUCCUCCGCUUUCUUAUCAUCCUAAUUAGACUAGCAACGUCCCAGGUAACGCAAGCAACCUCCAUCACAGGCACUAACACAACCCCGGAAUCCCCAGGAGGCCAGCGAUUUGACUCCAUCAUGGGAGUAAAUGGAGCCCUCUCCAUCCUCUACGAUGCCAUGGCCUUCGUCCAGCUUGGCUUCGAGUAUGAGAACCCCGACAUGCCCAAGAAGGAGGUCGAUGCCAUCCACUUCACCGUGGAUGACAAGCCCGGGGUGGCCUAUGCUACUGGUGUGGAGAUCCAUCUCAGCGCACAGUACGUUGCUACUUUGACUGGGAAUAUGGUUCGUGAGCUCACAGGCAUCUUGUACCACGAGAUGACUCACAUUUGGCAGUGGCAUGGCAAGGAGGGGAGCUGGCCGCCGCAGGGACUGAUCGAGGGGAUUGCCGACUUUAUGAGGCUCAAGGCUAAGCUCGGGGUAUCAGGCAAUGGGUUUGUGGGGUCGGGGAACCACUGGGACGAGGGGUAUGCCGUGACCGCGCUGUUUCUAAACUACGUCAACGAUCUCCACCCCAGCUUCGUGGCGGAGCUCAACAAGAAGCUCUACGACGGUUGGAGCGAGAGCUACUUCCAGGAUCUGACUGGGAAGAGCGUGGAUCAGCUGUGGAAUGAUUACAAACAGAAGUUCCACAAACAAGAUGUUGUAUAG